UUCUAAUUUUCUAUUUCAUUUAUUACUUAUUCUUUUAUGUUAGUUACUAUUAUAAUGAUCAUUGUCUAAAACAAAUUAGUUGAAGGCCAUGGAUAUAGAUACUGAAUUUUAGCUGUUUGUUCUAAGUUCUAAUGCACAGCAGUAUUUUAUAAUUAAUACUGAAAAAAAAUGUUGCAUUCUAAAAUGGAAGCCGGUUUCAAGAAUGGUGUGAUAACGUUAAAUGAACCAAAAUCUGUUUAUUAUGCUGGUCAAGAAAUAUCUGGAAAUGUACAUUUCAAAUUGGACACUACCUUGACAUUUAAAGCUAUAACUCUACAAAUAACUGGUGCAGCGAGAGUACUGUGGAAUGACAAUGAGACAGUCAAGUACCAUGACAAGAAAUAUUAUGGAGAAGUAACUUAUAAGGGAACGGAGGAGUACUUCAAUGAAGUUCGGAUUCUAUGUGGGGGUAAAGGAGCAUCUCAACUACAACCCCAGAGUUAUACCUUAUCAUUCAAGUUCCAAAUACCACAUACAGUGCCAUCUUCUUUCAAAGGGAAUAAAGGACAAGUGUUGUAUAAUAUAGUGGCUUACAUAGAGUUUCCGGACCCUCUGAUGCCCUGGCAAGAAUUGACAAAGGCAUUCACCGUCAUUGCACCUUAUAACUUGUAUAAUAAUCUACCCAAAAUAAAUGAACCGUUGAAAUUGGUUUUUGAUGAGACACUUACUAGUGGCUGCCUAUGCAGUCCAAGACCUCUGAACAUCACCAUAGAGUUACCCAGGUCGGGAUUCUGUCCCGGCGACACCAUUCCAAUUCGGGUGAACGCAGUCAAUGAUUCUGAUGUUAAAGUUUUGUCUAUUAUAUUGAAGAUUGUGGUGGUAAGUCGGUACCGCAGCCAGACUCCUCGCGCGGAGCUGACGUCCCCGGAGUGGCUGCUGGUUGAAGGUCGAACAGCGCCGGUGGCGGCACACUCGCGGAGGUCCUUCGUCUGCGACCUCAUACUACCACGCAUGAUGGUGUACGACCUCAGCAAAUGUUCCCUCAUCGAUGUGACCUACUAUUUCAAGGCAAUACUCAAAUUAUCAGCUUGGAACGGUAAGCGCGAGCGAUCCUCUGAAAUAAAACUGGGAAUGAUACCAACGGAUAAGACUACGGUGACGUGGGGUGCUUCGAUAGCGGACCAACUCCCCAAGAAUCCUCCACCGGCCCCUGGUGCCCCAACGGUUCCAGGCAUCACUACAUUUGACCCAGGUUUUAAUGUAACACCAGGACCUAGAAUAUCUUGGGCUUUUCCCGCUCAUGUACCAAGUAUGGUGGAAAUUGGGUUUAGAACGUCUAACGGGGAACCAAACGCGAGUUACGGCUUUAAAGCCCCAUACCCUCCAGUGGAGCAAGUCGGUAUGUAUUUACCAACCACUCAACCCCCUUAUCCAUUGUCAAUGCCGUCAGCGCCAUCUAUAAAAUAA